AUGCCUCCAAAAAAGAAGCAAGGUCCAAAUCAAGUCCGAGAGAAACUUGUACAAAAGCCUGAAGAAACUCCGGCUGGAGAAGAUAAAUCGGUUGAUGAUUUGGCUGAUCGUCUUGCAAAAGAAUCGGAUUCGGAUGACGCUGAAGUGAUCAACGAACAGCCCACCGCCAACACUCCCCUCACAAAACCUGCACAGAAAAAGGCUGAAUCUGCGUUCGGGAAUGCUGAUGGAACUCCGCUUUCCGAUGCUGAGAGGGAGCUUCUUAAAGAAGAGCUUAAAAAGACGGAAGAUGAGAUCACGACGCUGAAGCAAGUGUUGCUCGCCCGGCAAAAGCAUUCGUCGGAGUUGAAAAGAAAACUUGGCUUGAAUCCAUUGACAGAGCUCACCCAGGACAUCAACAAAACGCUCAAGGGAGUUACUGAGACUGAUGCUUACAAAACGACAUCCGAAGUGGCCGGAGCUGCUGCUGAUUCGGUGAAAAACAAGUGGAAUGAUAUGAGAAACUCAAAUCUCUUCAAGUCAUUCGAGAGCAAGCUUGGAACUGCCUACACUAGUGCUAAAAUAGCGGCUUCGACUUCGAUCGAUCAUCUCUCUGGAGCCGCACGGGGAUCACAGGCCACAACCCCAGCCACCGAGGAGGCCAAGUCACCAAUGCAC